AAUGCACACACACAUAUAUUUCAACACUCUCUUGCAUAUCUUAUAUUAGUUCAUUAGAUUGAAUUGCUGUCAAACAAACCACGAAAUUAAAACCUCUCCCUUGAGUUCUUCCUCAUUCCACUGCUCCAUGCUUCCUCUUCGAUCUCCCUCCUCCACGCCUCCUCCUCCACCAUGGCCUUGAAACUAUCUCGAAUGAUCCUUUUCAUUCUUCUUUGGCUCUCUCUCCUCUUGCUAUUGUUUCACGAAUUCCAUAGUCUCAAGUCCAAAAUCAACCACAAACAAAUCCCCACCAUAAGCAGCUAUUCAUCGCUCAUCUCUCGCCACCCUUUGGUCAUCAGCAGAAAAGUUCUAGCCAGCAAAUUCGACUUCACCCCAUUUGUAAAACAUCAUCAACAACAACGCACCCACCACCGGAAACCUUCACCAAACGAGCACGUGCAGCCGGAGCCGGACCCCGACCCGGCUGAGAGCGAGAUUGAUCCGCGUUAUGGCGUUGAAAAGCGCCGUGUCCCCACUGGUCCGAACCCGUUGCACCAUUGAUGAUCAUUACGAUAUCUCAGGUGAACAUACAAGAGAGAAAAAGAAAUGGCUAGUGGAAACUUUCAAUAUUGCUUGUAUGAUGAUUUUACAUCUUUUUCUUUAAUUAUCAGGAAACACCAUUCUAGAGAUGAUGGUGUAUGAUAUAUAUUUGAGAGUAUGGGGUUUGUA